AUGAAUGUGAAUAAUGAUUAUGUUGACGACGAUAUUGGUGUGGAGGAUGACGAUGUUGAUAAUGAUAUUGGUGUAGAGGCCGACCUCAUGGAGGACGAUGUUAGUGUGGAUGAUGACAACACAGAACUAGUUCCGAGUGCUCCAAAGGAUCCUUCAUUACUAAUUAGCUUCCGCAACCAUGUUGCUGCCGUUGUUUGGAAGAAAAAGGAACGGGGACCUCUUAAAUGUUUGAAUCGUUCUCAAAAGCUUGCAAAGUGGCCAUGGAUGUCAUCAACACUCGAAAAUGGUAGGUGGAGACAUUUGGUUGAGCAGUCUGGUCUUAGUGUCCUUAUUGAUCACACAUAUCGGUAUGGCAAUAGAGUGGCAAUAUUUGCCUUUGUCGAAAGGUGGCAUCCAAAGACAAAUACAUUUCACAUGCCAGAUGGUGAGAUGACUAUCACGUUGGAUGAUGUGCGGACCAUACUUGGCAUUCCAGUCACUGGUAGGGCUUUGUCAUGUCCUAAGUCAACAAGAUACGAGGCUGCUGAACUAGUGAGUGCUACUUUGGGAGUCCAAGCUUACUUGCUAUAUUUAUUAGGUUGUACCCUCUUCGCUGACAAGAGUGGGAUUCGAGUACCUGUUGCUUACCUGCACAUGUUGACUAACAUUGAUGCUGUUAGCUCAUAUGCAUGGGGUGCUGCAGCUUUAGCAUUCCUAUAUAAACAAUUAAGACUUGCUAGUAGGGCUGGUGUUAAGCAGAUUGUUGGUUACUUGAAGCUAUUGGAAGCAUGGAUUUAUGAGCAUUUUCGUUUAGGAAGGCCUCAUCCAAAUUUGUCCUAUUCUGAUGAACAACCUCGUGUUUGUCGUUGGAGUCCAUGGAGAGAUGGGGUUUUACAGAAAACCACUUGCAGACAUUACGAGAGCAACCUGACAUGUUACGUACUAAUGAGUGUUGGUGCUGCAAUCCAUAGCCUCGGUCAUGAUCAGUGUGUCUUGCACCCUGACAUGCUGUAUGAAACCAUUGGUAGGAUGCUACAAGUUCUUGAUGGACCGAGUUUGGGAUCUAUAUCGACACAUACAGAGCAUCAAGUCUACUAUUAUAAACGUCAUAGGAUGGACAGUACAUAA